UAUACAGUGGGGGCAGCAGUGUGGAGUAGUGGUUAGGGCUCUGGACUCUUGACCGGAGGGUCGUGGGUUCAAUCCCAGGUGGGGGGACACUGCUGCUGUACCCUUGAGCAAGGUACUUAGGUUGCUCCAGUAAAAACCCAACUGUAUAAAUGGGUAAUUGUAUGUAAAAAUAAUGUGAUAUCUUGUAACAAUUGUAAGUCACCCUGGAUAAGGGCGUCUGCUAAGAAAUAAAUAAUAAUAAUAAAGUAUAUCUGAGCCUUGCACCCAGUCUCAGCUCACCCAGUCCACCUCCACUAUAGUGAAGCCAGGGCUACCCAUGCAUUCAUACAGAGAGCGAUAAUCAUUGAUGUCUACUCCUACCUUAAAUGCUUGUAACAGGGUUUCAGUUUUGUGUCUACUUCCAGGACAGGAUAACUCAAAGACAUUUUAAAACAAAAACUGCAUGCUCUUAGCUUAACCCUUCAGGGUACAACAGACACACGUAUCCCAUAAAUAAAAAUGUUAUUUUCGCAAUGAGGUUUCACCGCGAAACGGGGUUUAACAUUUACUGACAGGUUGGAGCUGGUCAUCCAAGUGGGGGGUUUCCCUCGAGUCGCUCUCAAAUGUGUUUUUAAGAAGAAGAAAACGUUCCUGCCACAAGCGCUCCGUUCCUUGUGGACCAUAAAGGGUUAAACAGGUCUUUGAAAAAUGAGAAUACAUUUUUGCAGUACGUUCUUGAGAGUUUCGGAUUGCAGGGGUGAAUGAGGUUUCUCUCUAGUUGCACCUGUAUGUAACGCAUUUUAAUUUGUAUCUUGGAAGGACAAGCAGUUAAUCCACAAGCUGUAAUAUACUUUACCACACCUUGUUUGAUUAGGGCAUUGAGUUCGGAUUAAAACCUACAAUUUUUAUUAUUAUUAUUAUUAUUAUUUUAUUUUUUUAUUUUGAGUCAUACCUCCCGAAGGUCUCAGCUGGCUCUCGGAAACAGAUUUGUAAUUAAAGCAGCGAACCCUCCCCUUGUCAGACGGCUAAUCUUCUUAGACGCCUUUUAAACAGAUUUACAAAAGAUAAAUCACAGCAGGUGAUUCAUUCGUUAGAGACUGGACGACAAAAAGGGCUUGUCUGUUAAUCUGUCUCACGCACUGUGUUAGGGAAAGACCAGAGUGGUUUAUUCAUGUUUACGAAUCCAAAAGUUAAGACCCUUUUUCUUUUGCUCUUGUGUUGAACACCUGUUUAAAAACUCACUUCCUCCCAGUCCUUCAACUCUAACUACUAAGCCACUUUGCCACAUUCCAGUCCCUCAGUACGUAUGGCACACUUUGCAUUGGUCUGUAUAUCUCACAGGGACUGGAUAUGAGUCUAGGGAGGCCAUGCUAAGAUUAUACAAGACUCUAGUCGACCCCAUUGAGAACACUGUCCAGUUUUGACCACCUCACUACAAAAAAAUACAUUAUUGCCCUUAAGAAGGUACAGAGAAGGGCAACUAGGCAGAUCCCAGGACUGAAUGCCAUGAGCUAAGAGGACAGGAUGAAAUCAUGAAAUCUCUGCAGCCUGGAAAAAAGAAAAAGAGGGGAUGACUGAAGUCCUUCAAAUCCUAAAUGCUCUAGAUAAUGUUAACCCAAGACAACAACUUCAAAUUGAGCACCGAGAGAAGAACACAAAUGGAAGCUGAGUAAAAGUAAGUUUAGAACAGAAGGUAGGAAGCACUUUUUCACACUGUGUUAUAAAUGCAUGGAAUCGCCUGCCAGGGGAAGCAGGGUCGAGUAGGGUGGGCUGCAUUCCUAAACCUUCCUUAUGUUGUGAUGUGCAAGAUAUGAGUCUUUGUGGUCCAGUGGUUAAAGAAAAGGACUUGUAACCAGGAGGUCCCCGGUUCAAAUCCCACCUCAGCCACUGACUCAUUGUGUGACCCUGAGCAAGUCACUUAACCUCCUUGUGCUCCGUCUUUCACGUGAGACGUAAUUUUAAGUGGCUCUGCAGCUGAUGCAUGGUUCACACACCCUAGUCUCUGUAAGUCGCCUUGGAUAAAGGCGUCUGCUAAAUAAACAAAUAAUAACCUGGGGCUAUAGGAAAACAUAUGUGUGUAUAUAUAUAUAAUAUAGUUUCCUGCAGUGGAUAUCAGUCAUGGUGAUCAUGUGACAUCUCUCAUUUUGAAUGGACAGCUAUGGUUGUUGAAUUUCAGACAUUUUUUUUUAAGCUAACAAAGCACUUAGAGAUGAAACAGAAAAGAUUAAGCUUUUAGCUUUUAAUGUAAUCCUUGCAACCAACACCUGAGAGCAGCAGGGUAGGUUUGCAUCUCUGUGAGGGCUGUGUGAGUGCUGGCUGGGGUGUGUGUCGCCCUACUCUUGUCAAUGCCUGUUGUGCAGGUAAUCCCAGCCCAGGGGGUCUUGUGGCACAAGGCUGGGGGCUGGAGGGUGGUCCGCACACAAUAUAAACAGCAGGCACACAGCAGAUCAACACUUUUCACAGCACUCCACACAGCCCAAGAGAAAAGCAUGGCAGUGAACAGGGGUGCCUUCGUGUGGCUGCUGCUCUCUCUGACGGCCGUGUCGGAGGUCUGCUACGGCCAGCACUGGUCAUACGGGCUGCGGCCAGGCGGAAAGAGAGAGGCGGAGAGCCUGCUGGACACCCUGCAAGAGAUUGCUGACAUAGAGAAGCUGGACACUGGAGAUCACUCAGAGUGCGCUCUGAGCUCCCAGCGCAGCCAACUCAGCGGCCUAAAGGGGGUGCUGGCACGUCUGGUUGACGGAGAAUCUUCAAGAAAAAAGAUUUAGAGAUGAUGUAAAAAACAUGCUUCGAAUCAAAACUCUUCUGUAAUAAAAGAUGAAAUAACU